ACUGGCAAAGGCAGGCCUGGAGCAGGGCACUGCUGUGAGGGCCGCUCCAGACUUGAUAAAAUGUCUCUUUUCUCAUCAUGGAUCGAAGCUAUUUUCAUCAUCUCUUUGGUGUUUCCUCUUUAUUCUGAAACAUCUUUACCACCUAUUCAUGAAAUCCUAAAUGUGAAGCCAAACUGUGAAAAACAUCCACCUGGGCAAAAUGAUUGCACCACAGAUUUAUAUCCAGUCUGUGCAAGCAAUGGAAACACUUAUGGCAAUCUAUGUGCUUUCUGCACCGAAAAGAGGAAGAGUGGUGAGAAAUUUACUUUCUUACAUUUUGGUGCUUGUUGAAUAUUGACCACACUGCCCUUCGAUGUGUCAUCGCAUUUUAUGACACAUUCCAUGGACGAUUAGGAUAUCAUUCUCAAUCAGAGCCUGAAAUCAUAAAUGACCGGAUGUGUCCUGUGAACAGAAGAUAAAAUAGAGAGCAUUUACGUAGUCUUCCCAACUCUAAGUUCCUGUGAUUCAGGGUUUUUAAUUCUCUAUGUUCAAUUAUUCAAUGAUAAUUUGAAACACUAAUGUCCUAAUUGCAUGUUUCAUCACAUGGAAAGUUGUAUGACUUAAAAUAAUAAAUAUUUCAUUCAUUAAAAUGUUUAA